CCCCUCAUAACAGUGUCCACUUUCUAACAUGGCAGAUCGAUUUGUGUUGUAUUAUCAUGUGACGGAUAAACUAACGCGUUAAAUGUUAAACUAUUGGUGUAUUUAAUUGUUGUUAUUUAACCAGAAACAGUGUCGAUAUACGCAAAUCGUGAAUUAAAGUGUGUUUGAUAAUGGCGGACAUUAAAAGUCCACCGUUCAGUGACAUAAAGAGACCGGAGGAGGUGGUGGCGAUGGCGAUGAACGACAGCCUCAAAUUUGCCGUGUUGAUCGGCUUAAUCGAGGUUGGACAGGUGUCUAAUCGCGAGGUAGUCAACACCGUUCUUCAUCUGCUUGUCGGUGGAGAGUUCGAUAUGGAGCUGAACUUCGUUAUUCAGGACGCUCAGAACAUCAGGCACAUGCUCGAGCUGCUCGAUCACUGUCCGCCGAACCUCCAGGCUGAAAUAUGGAGUGUUUUCAUCGCGAUAUUGAGGAAGAGUGUGAGGAACCUCCAGGCGUGCACGGAUGUGAGCCUCAUCGAGCACGUACUACAUCGUUUGUCAAGGGCAGAAACAGUUGUUGCAGAUCUGCUGAUCGAUAUGCUGGGAGUCCUAGCGAGUUACAGCAUAACAGUCAAGGAGUUAAAGCUUCUGUUUGGGGCGAUGAAGGCGGUCAAGGGAAAAUGGCCACGACACUCGGCAAAAUUGUUGAACGUACUUCGUCAAAUGCCACAGCGAAAUGGACCCGAUGUAUUUUUCAGUUUUCCCGGGAGAAAAGGAUCGGCAAUUGUUCUACCACCGAUGGCAAGGUGGCCCUACGAAAAUGGCUACACCUUCACGACGUGGUUCCGUCUCGACCCUAUCAACUCCGUUAAUAUCGAGAGAGAAAAGCCGUACCUCUACUGUUUCAAAACGAGCAAGGGAGUCGGAUACUCGGCCCAUUUCGUUGGUAAUUGCUUGGUACUUACUUCGAUGAAAGUUAAGGGCAAGGGCUUCCAGCACUGUGUCAAAUAUGAAUUUCAACCACGAAAGUGGUACAUGAUCGCCAUAGUGUACAUAUACAAUAGAUGGACAAAAAGCGAGAUAAAGUGUUUGGUAAAUGGACAAUUGGCAUCAAGUACGGAGAUGGCGUGGUUUGUUUCCACGAACGAUCCAUUCGAUAAAUGCUACAUCGGUGCCACUCCGGAAUUGGAUGAGGAGCGAGUAUUUUGCGGUCAAAUGAGUGCAAUAUACUUGUUCAGCGAGGCGCUCACUACCCAUCAAAUUUGCGCAAUGCAUAGACUCGGACCAGGAUACAAAAGCCAAUUCCGGUUUGACAACGAGUGCUACCUGAAUUUACCCGACAAUCAAAAAAGGGUGAGUGAUGAACAGGAGCCCCCAAGCAUGGUCGACCAAAGUAUGCAAACUGUACUGUACGACGGCAAAUUGUCGAAUGCAAUAGUAUUCAUGUAUAACCCAGUGGCAACGGACUCUCAAUUGUGCCUGCAAAGUGCACCAAAGGGCAAUGUGUCUUACUUCGUUCACACACCCCACGCCCUCAUGCUUCAGGACGUCAAAGCAGUUAUUACACAUUCCAUACACAGUACACUGAAUUCCAUCGGUGGAAUUCAAGUGUUAUUUCCAUUAUUUUCACAAUUGGACAUGCCUUAUGAUUGUAUAGCCCCCAACGACAUCAAGCGAGAUUCUACUCUAUGUUCAAAACUCUUGGGAUUCAUCUGUGACCUCGUAGAAACUUCACAGACAGUACAGCAGCAUAUGGUACAAAAUCGAGGCUUCCUAGUCAUCAGUUUUAUGCUCCAACGAGCAAGCAGAGAGCACCUAACCACCGAAGUUCUUGCUUCCUUUUUGGAACUCACCAAGCACCUUGUCACCUGUCUAAGUGCUAACAGCGAUUUACUAUUAAAACAGCUGUUGGACCAUGUCCUGUUCAAUCCAGCUCUCUGGAUUUACACACCAGCUCCAGUGCAAACACGUCUUUAUUCAUACUUGGCUACAGAAUUUCUCAGCGAUACCCAGAUUUAUUCAAAUGUCAGGCGUGUAUCAACGGUACUGCAAACAGUUCAUACGCUCAAGUAUUACUACUGGGUGGCAAAUCCACGAGCUAAAAGUGGAAUAACACCGAAGGGAAUAGAUGGGCCACGACCGCAGCAAAAGGACAUCCUAACAAUCCGUUCAUACAUCCUCCUCUUCCUGAAGCAGCUCAUAAUGAUUGGUAACGGUGUGAAGGACGACGAGCUUCAGAGCAUCCUCAAUUACCUAACGACGAUGCACGAGGACGAGAACCUCCACGAUGUCCUGCAGAUGCUGAUCUCCCUGAUGUCAGAGCACCCCUCCUCAAUGGUCCCAGCAUUCGACGCCAAACAGGGGGUUCGCACCAUUUUCAAGCUCAUGGCUGCUGAGAGCCAACUGAUAAGGCUCCAAGCACUGAAACUCCUCGGCUUUUUCCUCAGUCGUAGCACGCACAAGCGCAAGUACGACGUCAUGAGCCCUCACAACCUCUACACCCUAUUGUCAGAGCGUCUCCUCCUGAACGAAGAGACCUUACUCCUCCCCACGUACAAUGUCCUCUACGAGAUAAUGACUGAGCACAUAAGCCAGCACAUUCUCUACACGAGACAUCCAGAGCCGGAGUCCCACUAUCGACUGGAGAACCCGAUGAUUCUGAAAGUCGUCGCCACGCUGAUAAGACAGUCCAAGCAAUCGGAACAACUGUUGGACGUGAAGAAGCUCUUUUUAUCGGAUAUGACACUGCUUUGUAAUAAUAAUAGGGAGAAUCGUCGCACUGUUCUGCAAAUGUCAGUCUGGCAGGAGUGGCUCAUUGCUAUGGCUUAUAUUCAUCCCAAGAAUACAGAGGAACAGAAAAUAUCGGAUAUGGUGUACUCCCUCUUCCGAAUGCUCCUUCACCACGCAAUCAAGCAUGAGUACGGUGGUUGGCGAGUGUGGGUAGACACUCUAGCAAUUGUCCACUCGAAAGUUUCGUACGAGGAAUUUAAACUGCAAUUCGCCCAGAUGUACGAGCACUACGAGCGUCAACGUUCCGACAACAUAACAGAUCCCGAAGUGAGACAGCAGAGGCCAAUAAGCACAAUAUCCGGCUGGGAUCAGCAGCACAGUGGUAACAAUGGUUACAGCAGGCCAUCAGCAUGGACAGUGCAGCAGUCCCAAGAUGUGCAAAGUAUCGAGAGAAAUUACAAAGAGUACGAUGGAAUUGAGAGUAACGAUAGACUAGAGGAAUCGUGCAGCUGUGACUUAAAUUCCAUCGACAAUACCGAGAGCGAUGGAAGCCCAUCUAUUGUCAAGUCACGAAGUGAUAAUCUAGCAUUACCAUCGAGUGAAGCUGUUUCAUUGGACUCGAGAUUGAGUGAAAAGCUGGAAGCACCAGCAGUUGUUGAAAAUCAUGUUGAAACACCGACGAUACAGGAGGAAGUUAAUAGCGAGGGGCUUUCGUUACCAACGACCCACGAAACUAGUGAAGUUGUAUCGAUUGAGAGCUCCAGUGAGCUUUACAGUGAAGUGCACAAAGUUGAGAGCUCAAGCACUGAUUCAAUGGGACAGGAGGGUGGCAAGAAGGAGGGAAUUAACAGGGAUGAGCAUGUGGACAAUGUUGUCGUUCAAGUUGUCGAUGGAAAUGUGGAAUCAGUGCCAGCUGUUGCGAGUGAUACCGAUGGAAAUGAAUUGACCGAGAAAAUUGAGGACAAGAAGAUUGAGACAGCUGAAUCGACUGUAACUGAUGAGAAAUUGCAAGCUGAAGUAGCAAACGAAACUAAAGAAAUUGUCGAUAAAUGUGAUGAAGUAAUCAAAGAGAACGACACAGCGGACACAAAUGAUAACGACAAGAUCACCCCGGAAACUGACGCGAUUGAGUCUGAAGCUCUCACAGCAGUUCCAGAAAUCAUAGCUCAAGAUAAGGACAUCAGUCUUGAAAACGGAAAUGGUGAGAUAACAUCUGGUGAUUCAGGAGACAAAAAAGAAUCCCCAGAGGUGGAGGAAACAGCUUCAAUCGAGGAUAAGCCUUCAGCUGAUCAAAAGGUGGUGGAAUUACUCCCUAAAGAGGGCGAGCCGGAGUCUGAGGAUGAAAAGAUCCCAGAAGUAGAAAAUCCAGUUGAAGAUAGCGCAAAGAAAACAGAAGACUCAUCAGUGGCGAUGGAAUCCACUGAGCCAGUGGAAUCCACAGAACUAGAGAAAAACACUGAGGAUGAGGUGAAUAUCACUGAAUUAGAAAACAUUCCAGAUGAUAAAGAGGUGAAAGAGGUGAUAGAUUUGGAAAGCCCACAGUCUGUUGAAGCCCAAACAAAUCUCGAGCCUGAGAAGACUGUUGAAUCUGAAGUUAAAGGGGAAGAGGUAGACAAACAAAACGGUGAGAUCAAUGAGGCGAAGGAAAGCCAGGAAAUUAAUGGAGUGACGAGGGCUGAGGAUGAGCUGAAGAAUCAAACAGAUGAUGAGAGUGUGAAUAUUGAUUCGUCUGAAGUCUCCUCGACUGAUAAGGCUGUCAAUGCUGAUUUUACACCUGAUGUAGCUAAUGCAACUGUUGACGACAGUGAUGAUGCCGACAAGAAAGGGGAUAUUGUUAAUGAUGUGAAAGUAACGGAUGAGAAGGCAUUGGUUGAGGGUGACGUCGACACACCGACUGAUAAUGACAAAAAUGAUACUGUAAAAAGUAUAAAUUGCUCAACUAGCGUAGAUGAUUGCACCGAUGUUACAACUGGAGAGACUCGAGUUGAGGUGGAUGCAUUAAAAUUGAUAGAGAGUAGUAUUGUCAAUGGUGAGUGCAAAGCUGAUGGUGAUGUACUUGAUAAUGAUGAUAAAUGUGUGGUUAAUGGUGAUGGUAAUGGUAAUGGUAAUGAUGAGAACAUUUCUGAUAAUGACACAAGAGAACCGUCCAAUAUUUCUACUAGUAUAAGUGAUAAUCCAGAUGCAUCAGUACGUACUGGUGAGGUAGAAGUAAAUGAUAGGGUUACUGAUAGUAUUGAUGUUCAAAAAACUGUAGAUAACACGACGCAAGUGCCAAAUAAGACCCAAAUACCAACAAUAUCUACGGUCUGUGAUGAAACUAAAAAUAUACAUGAUGGUGUGCCUCAAAACAUUAGUCGUAAUGGAGAUGAAUUGGACAAUCCACUGGUUAAUGAUACAGGUUGUAAGAAUGGACAGCAUGAUGUACAUCGUAGAGCGAGUUUACCGAAUGUUGGGACUGAUAAUUGUGGGGAUGGCGGUGGGGAGGAGACACAGUUACCUGUUCCUAGGAAAAAUUCAUCACCCCAGAAGAGACCAAGGAGUGCCUCAACUUCCACACAGGUGGAUCCUAAUCACUUUGAGUCAAAACGAGCAAAACCCGGAAAUCCGUCGACCAGGCCAAUGUUUAGUCCAGGCCCCAGCAGACCUCCAUUCAGAAUACCAGAGUUCAAGUGGUCCUACAUACAUCAGAGAUUGCUCUCUGAUGUUUUAUUUUCCCUGGAGACUGACAUUCAAGUUUGGAGAAGUCACUCGACAAAAUCAGUUUUGGAUUUUGUUAAUAGCAGUGAGAAUGCUAUUUUCGUCGUCAACACUGUUCAUCUGAUUUCACAACUCGCGGAUAAUUUGAUAAUUGCUUGUGGGGGAUUACUGCCACUUUUGGCAUCUGCAACUUCGCCAAAUAGCGAAUUGGAUGUCAUUGAACCAACUCAGGGUAUGCCCAUAGAAGUAGCCGUGUCUUUCCUCCAGAGGCUAGUCAACAUGGCCGACGUACUUAUAUUCGCAAGUUCCUUAAAUUUCGGUGAAUUGGAGGCUGAGAAAAACAUGUCCAGUGGUGGCAUUCUGCGUCAAUGUCUCCGUCUGGUCUGUACUUGUGCUGUUAGAAACUGCUUAGAGUGUAAAGAACGCGGCAGAACGUACAGCAUGUUAGGGCGGCAGAUUGGUUCUAGUAAUAAAUCACAGCACAUUCAAUCCCUUAUUCGAGGAGCACAAACGUCGCCAAAGAAUAUUGUGGAUAAUUUGGCAAGUCAAUUGAGCCCCGUUAAGGACCCGGAGAAGCUCCUGCAGGACAUGGAUGUCAAUCGACUGAGAGCUGUUAUCUACAGAGAUGUUGAAGAAACCAAACAGGCACAGUUUCUGUCCCUGGCUAUAGUUUACUUCAUCUCUGUACUUAUGGUAUCGAAAUAUCGUGACAUCCUGGAGCCACCGAUAUCCCAGAGGCCCCCAAGUCCAGUGCAAUCGAUCCAGACCAACGGAGCCAACAUCAGAUCUGGCAGUCCAUCAGCAGAUGGGAAUGGUGGUGGAGGAGGUCGUCCACUAUUUCCACAGUGGUCACACCACGUGUAUCCUCAGUUCCUUCCGGGUUCACACCCCGCAGCCAAUGCCAAUGUCAAUGCGAACCACCACAUCAGCCAGCACCACCACCAGCACCCGCUACCGGCUGCCAGGCACACAAAUCGCCAGACCCAAUCCGGCUAUUAUGUCCCAAAUCAUCAUAGUAAUCAUUACAAUCAUCACCCAAAUAAUUACAACUAUCAUCGUCACCAUUAUUAUCAUCAUCACAAUAACAACAAUCACCAUCACUCGCUUCAAAAGCAUAACGAUCAGCCCCGAAAUAUCUAUCAUAGAAACUCCGGUGUCGGUAUGCAAGGGAGCGGAGGGAUCAUGAGUCAAUCUGGAUCUCAGGACGAUGGAGAGUACGAAGUCAUCAUUGUGGACGAGAAUAAUUCCUCUAUCCUCGCUGACCACGACGUCACGUCAUCGGGGCCACCUUCUACAAAGGGAGGUAACAGUGGUGUACCUCGGACGCGGACAAUCCUCGAGGAUUACGCCUCGUCAGAGCCGACUAUCGGCACUUCGACUAGACCCGACCAAGUGACAAGAAACACUCAGAGCAAUGACUCAAGUGAAGAAGCGAUGCACCGUUCCAACAUCACAGCAGACCCAAGUCCCUCGGACAUCACGACAGAUAACGAGAAUAAGCAUAAUUCAUCAGAAGAAGCGUGGACGGAUGUUAAUCUCAACGAAGACGGCGACGCAAUGCCCAUAACAAAUGCACGAGAAGAUCCACGAAACAUACACAAUAUGUCACACGUCCACGACCCUGAUAGCGAGGGAAACGUCUUGGAUCAAGAGACACUCAGAGACCCAGAGCGAGGAGAAAAGCCUUCAGCAGAAAUCUCGGUUGUUCGUGUGCCCGAACGUCUGCUGGUCAACUCGUCAUCCCCGAGGCCCGACGAUCUACCGAUCAAAGGGCUCGUCGAACAUUUGCCGAUUCCAACGCCCUCCAGAGAAGCUUCGUUGACCCAGAAACUCGAAAUGGCCCUGGGAUCGGUCUGUCCACUUCUUCGAGAGAUAAUGGUUGACUUUGCUCCAUUUUUAUCGAAGACUCUUGUUGGGUCACACGGCCAGGAGCUCCUCAUGGAGGGAAAAGGUUUGACGACUUUCAAGAACAGCACGUCUGUCGUGGAACUUGUUAUGCUUCUGUGCUCUCAGGAGUGGCAGAAUUCAUUGCAGAAACAUGCAGGACUGGCGUUUAUCGAACUUAUCAAUGAGGGGAGAUUACUAUCCCAUGCGAUGAAAGAUCAUAUCGUACGAGUUGCAAAUGAAGCUGAAUUCAUUCUGAACAGAAUGAGAGCUGAUGAUGUCCUUAAACACGCAGAUUUCGAGUCACAAUGUGCUCAGACACUUCUGGACCGACGAGAAGAAGAGAGAAUGUGCGAUCACUUGAUAACAGCAGCACGAAGACGAGAUAAUGUUAUUGCUAGUAGACUCAUGGAGAAAAUUCGAAACAUCUUGUCGAAUAAGCACGGUGCCUGGGGGUACACAGAUCCAAUGGCUGCCAAUCUCGACGAACUUGACAGAUUAGCUGAGUACUGGAAGCUGGACGCCUGGGAGGACGAUGCAAGGCGACGUAAACGCUUUGUACACAAUCCCCUCGGAUCUAGUCAUCCCGAGGCAACCCUCAAAGCAGCUCUGGAGCAUGGUGCCCCUGAGGAUGCAAUUCUCCAGGCACGAGAGGAGUUCCAUGCCCACUUGGCAGCGUCACGCGCUCAUCAGCAACAACUCCAGUCCACUGAUCUCAUGGACGAUAGCGAAUUACUGUCCGAUGAUAGGGAUCUUGAUAGCGACUUGACUGGUCCAGUUAACAUCAGCACUAAGGGAAAACUCGUUGCUCCUGGUAUUGUUGCACCUGGCAUCAUCUCUAUAACGUCCACUGAACUUUAUUUCGAAGUUGAUGAGGAGGAUCCUGAGUUCAAGAAAAUCGACAGUGAGGUUUUGAAAUUCUGCGAUCAUCUUCACGGGAAGUGGUACUUCUCCGAAGUCCGUGCGAUAUUCUCACGGCGCUAUUUACUCCAAAAUCUCGCCAUUGAGAUUUUCCUCGCCAGCAGAACCUCGAUCCUCUUCGCCUUCCCGGACCAGACGACAGUCAAGAAGGUGAUCAAGGCACUGCCGAGGGUCGGCGUAGGCAUCAAAUACGGAAUUCCACAGACUAGAAGAGCAUCGAUGAUGUCACCGAGACAACUAAUGAGAAGCUCCAACAUGACUCAAAAGUGGCAAAGAAGAGAGAUAUCAAACUUCGAAUACCUCAUGUUCCUCAACACAAUCGCUGGACGAACCUACAACGACUUGAAUCAGUAUCCAGUCUUUCCGUGGGUACUCACUAAUUAUGAGACUAAGGAGCUGGAUCUCAGCUUACCGAGCAAUUACCGGGAUUUGUCGAAGCCAAUUGGAGCACUCAAUCCAAGCAGAAGAGCAUAUUUCGAGGAACGUUUCCAGAGUUGGGAACACGACAGCAUUCCACCUUUUCACUAUGGCACUCAUUAUUCAACAGCAGCUUUCGUCCUUAAUUGGCUGAUACGAGUGGAGCCCAUGACCACGAUGUUUUUGGCGCUUCAGGGUGGCAAGUUUGAUUAUCCCAACAGGCUAUUCUCGUCAAUCGCACUCUCCUGGAAGAAUUGUCAGAGGGACACGUCUGACGUCAAGGAACUCAUACCCGAAUUCUUCUUCCUUCCUGAGAUGCUGGUGAACACGAAUAACUAUCGUCUAGGGCGGAACGAGGAUGGCAGUUCCGUGGGUGAUGUAGAUCUGCCGCCAUGGGCUAACUCUCCAGAAGAAUUCAUCAGAAUAAACAGAAUGGCGUUGGAGUCUGAAUUUGUGUCCUGUCAGCUCCAUCAGUGGAUCGACCUCAUCUUCGGCUACAAACAAAGAGGCCCAGAGGCAGUUCGUGCGACAAAUGUAUUUUAUUACCUGACAUACGAGGGAAGCGUAGAAUUGGAUUCUAUAACUGAUCCAGUUAUGAAAGAAGCAAUCGAGAAUCAGAUCAGGAAUUUUGGUCAAACUCCAUCACAACUAUUGAUGGAGCCUCACCCUCCAAGAAGUUCAGCAAUGCAUUUGUCACCAAUGAUGUUCUCAAGUAUUCCUGAUGACGUCUGUAUGACCAUUAAAUUCCCAUCAAAUUCACCAAUAUGCCAUAUCUCAGCAAAUACCUACCCACAAUUACCACUACCAUCGGUGGUGACAGUUACCACUGGUCAGCAGUUUGCUGUUAAUCGAUGGAACACCAAUUACGCUGCCUCAGUGCAGUCGCCGAGUUAUGCCGAUACGCCUCAAGCACAGGCUGUUAAUCAACCCCUGUCAAUGGAUCCUGUCUUGUCCCAAACCGCCAAUCACUCGAAUCAAGCGUUGAAGAGACACUUGGGUGAUAAUUUCAGUCAGAAACUCAAGAUACGAAGCAACUGCUUUGUUACAACCGUCGACAGCAGGUUCCUGGUGGCCUGCGGCUUCUGGGACAACAGUUUUCGAGUAUUCUCCACGGAAACAGCUAAAAUCGUUCAGAUUGUCUUCGGACAUUACGGAGUCGUGACGUGUUUGUCCAGGAGUGAGUGCAAUAUCACGUCUGAUUGCUAUAUUGCAUCUGGCAGUGCUGAUUGCACUGUACUACUGUGGCACUGGAAUGCAAGAACACAGACAAUUGUGGGGGAGAGCGAGGCACCAGCACCCAGAGCCACACUCACCGGUCAUGAACAGCCGGUUACAGCUGUUGUCAUAUCGGCGGAAUUGGGACUUGUCGUGUCUGGAUCUUAUUGCGGGCCAGUGCUAGUGCACACAACAUUCGGUGACUUGCUGAGAUCCCUAGAGGCUCCGAAUGGUUUCACCUCGCCUGAAAACAUCGCCAUGUCCAGGGAAGGCGUGAUAGUUGUGAAUUACGAGCGCGGUCAUAUCGCUGCCUUCACCAUAAACGGUAAACGAUUGCGUCACGAGUCCCACAACGACAAUCUCCAGUGUCUGCUGCUGAGCAGAGACGGCGAGUACCUGAUGACAGGAGGCGACAAGGGGAUUGUCGAGGUCUGGAGGACUUUCAAUCUGGCGCUCCUCUAUGCAUUCCCCACUUGCGAGGGCAGUGUCAGAUCGCUGGCGCUAUCUCACGACCAGAAGUUCUUACUCGCUGGUUUGGCAAAUGGAUCAAUCGUCAUAUUCCACAUCGACUUUAACAGAUGGCAUCACGAAUUUCAGCAGAGAUACUGAAACUACGGUUGCCUCUUCGUUCGUUAUUAAAUGAUUCACUCAACAGAAAGAGAAAAAUUAACUAAAUAAUAAGUCAUAAUGCAACCACAUCAUGGUGAUACCGCAUAAUCGAUGAAUUUGUACUUAAAACAUGUGUUAAUACCCGAGAAGUUCGUGGAAAUAUUGAUCGGCUUCGAGAGCAUUAUUGGGAUGAAGUAGCGGUGAAAUUAGCGUAAGUAGACAAUUAAACAGUACUUAAUGAAAGGAAACAUUUUUUGUAUUAUCGAAACAUUGGCAAACAAGUACUUAGAAAUUAGGCGUUUAUAUUAAUCAACGUGAAUUUCUUUUAAAAAAUUGACUCUUCCACUCAUGAUACCAUUAAAAGAAAUCUAGCAAAUUUUUUAGGAAAUUCAAUCGAAUUUCUAUGGAACUAUUAAAAAUUCUAUCAGUCUUUCACCAAUUCUGUUGAAAGUUCCCGCUGAUUUUUUGUGCAUUUUUGUCAAUGGAAAUGUUCAAUAGAAAAUAUUUUAUAGGGAAAAUGGGCAGAAUUAGAUUUUUUUAUACAAUUU